GCGUUCCUUCCGCGUUUGACGCCGAGGGGGCGUGGCCUGCGCGGGUCCCUGAGUGAUGGAGACGAUGAGGGCCCUGGAGCGAGUGCUGCUGAGGGGCUUUCCUAGCGCAGCAGAGUCGCCGCGGUGGAAGCAGAACGGGGCGGAGGCGGCGGCAGAAAGUGGAUCUUUGUUGCAGUUGCUGCUUGAAGGGAACUAUGAGGCUAUUUUACUAAGCAAAGCAGCCCAGAAUAUCUUCACAUCACCCGCAGGAGCAGAAGAAACUAUUGACAGCUAUUUAGAAAAGCAGAUCCAAGCUUAUCUAGACUGUACUUCUGAAGAUGCUGAUUCUAUAGAAAGACAAAGUGUGGUGUUUCUGAUUGGUGUGGGGAGCUUGCAGUUGUUCGUUCAGAGCAAUUGGACUGGACCUCCUGUUGACUUACAACCUGAAGAUUUCCUACCAUCUGAAUUGCUACAGCAGUGCAAUGAGCCUGGUGGACUGUCUGCAGCUGUCCUGAGCAUGUUGGUUCUAGAUGGUGAAUCAGUCUACAGCCUGACUUCCCAUUCAAUUUUGUUGAUGCUAGCCAGAGAAGUGCUUGUGAAUUCAAGACAUAAACUAGGAGCUAUUCAGACAUUGCCCUGGUGGACUUUGCGAUGUGUGACCAUCCAUCAGCAAUUAUUAGAAGAAAGAUCACCUGAACUUUUUGCUGUUGCCCAGGCCUGUGUACAGCAAGUGUUUGAAAUUGAGACUUUGUUCACGGAUGAUGAAUGUUGGCAUCUUGCUGUUCAAUUCCAUCUAGAGUGCGCUUACACAUUUUUGAAUUAUUAUGAGUAUAAAAAAGCCAAAGAACACUUCCAUGCAGCUAAAGACAUAACCAAGUUACAAAUUGAUUUGACAGGUGCUCUCGGUAAAAGGACACGAUUUCAGGAAAAAUAUGUAGCACAACUAAUAUUAGAUGUUCAGAGAAAAGAUAAUGUUCUCCUUCCACACCGUGAACUGAGUCCAGCACCUACUCCACUAGAAGAUUUAACUAAGAAUUAUGCUUUAAAUGAUGAUACUGUGCUAAAUGAAAUAAAGUUUGCGGAGUCUCAUCAGAACCAGAUGCCUGACCUAUGUGCUGAAGAGCUUGCUGUUAUCCUUGGAAUUUGCAUAGAUUUUCAGAAGAACAACCCAGUCCAUAAGCUUACAGAAGAGGAGGUGCUUGCUUUUACAUCAUAUCUACUAUCACAACCAAAGUUCUGGGCAAUUCAAACUUCUGCUCUGCUUCUGCGGACAAAGCUUGAGAGAGGAAGCAUCCGUCGAAUGGAACGUGCAAUGAAACAAACUCAGGCUCUUGCAGACCAGUUUGAAGACAAGAAAACACCAAUUUGUGAACGCAUGAAGCUUUUUUACAGCUGUCAAGUUCCUACCCACUGGGCUGUACAGCGUCAGCUUGCAAGCUUACUUUUUGACCUCGGAUGUACCAAUUCAGCUCUGCAGAUCUAUGAGAAGCUUGAAAUGUGGGAGGAUGUAGUUAUCUGCUAUGAGAGAGCAGGACAGCAUGGGAAGGCAGAAGAAAUAUUGAGGCGGGAAAUAGAGAAAAAAGAAACACCAGGACUGUAUUGUUUGCUUGGAGAUGUUCUUAAGGACCAUUUUUACUAUGACAAAGCCUGGGAACUGUCAAAUCACCGCAGCGCCAGGGCUCAGCGGUCGAAGGGCCUUCUCUAUCUUCGCAACAGGAAUUUUAAGGAAUGUAUAGAGUGCUUUGAACGCUCAGUGCAGAUUAACCCAAUGCAGUUGGGUGUGUGGUUUUCCCUGGGCUGUGCCUACUUAUCUUUGGAAAAUUAUGAAGGGACUGCUAGAGCAUUCCAGCGCUGUGUGAUAUUGGAACCCGAUAAUGCUGAGGCCUGGAACAAUCUAUCAACUGCAUAUAUCAGAUUAAAACAGAAAAUCAAAGCAUUCCGGACCCUUCAGGAAGCUCUCAAAUGUAAUUAUGAGCACUGGCAGAUUUGGGAAAAUUACAUUCUUACCAGUACAGAUGUUGGAGAAUUUUCAGAAGCAAUUAAAGCUUAUCACAGGCUUAUGGAUUUGCGAGAAAAAUAUAAAGAUGUCCAGGUGCUUAAGAUUCUGGUAAAGGCAGUGAUGGAUGGAUUGGCUGAUCGUAAUGGAGAAACAGCAAGUGGGUUAAAGGGAAAACUGCAAGCACUAUUUGGCAGAGUGACGUCCAGAAUGACAGGUGAUGGAGAAAUUUGGAGGCUAUAUGCAAGACUUUAUGACAACGGACAAAGUGAUAGCCAAGAUGAUAUAGAAAAGGCACUUCAAUAUCUCACCAAGGCACACAAAUGUGAAGUCCAAUCAGGGGACUGGGACAAAGAUAUUUCCUCUUUUAAGGAAGUAGCAAAAGGUGCUCUAGAGCUAGCACAAGUGGCAAUGAAGUGCAGCAAAACCAAGUCUAAUUACCAAGAAGCACUGCAGAUACUCUCUUCAGCUCGACUCAACUUGCGUGGUUUGGCAUCCAAAGCAAAGCAGCUAUUUACAGAUCCAGUGAGUGGUGAGGUUUCCAGUGACCUAGCUGAAGAAAUGACAGCUAUGGAGAACUUGAUAAUAGAACUGCAAGAACUUAGCAACCAGCUAAGGAAUCAGAUCUGAGAAAAAGAAGACACGGUUUCCUGGAAGGGAAGGGAAGCCUGGUACAGUUCAGUGGCUACAGUUUGUGCUAAUGAGCUUUCAGUAAAUCAAAACACCCCAAGGCCCAAUUCUAAUAAAUUCUUUUUUACACAAUGCA